CUUGAUCCAUCAUCCAAGUGGAUCAUUGCAAGGUUUCAAUAGUUCAAGGACUAAAUUGAAAAUAACAAGACGAAAGUACAAAUGUCAUCCAACUCCGAAUCCAGUUGGUCCGUCACAUUCCUAGAUGAACAACCAGUCACGUGAUAUCUGUCACCUCUUCCCCUCCCCCCAACCCCAAACACACGCAAUCUAAAAUCUAUACGAAGUUACGAACGAAAAGGGGUCGAUCGGCGACUUCUUAUACGUUUUCAUACAUAAAUCCCUAAAGAAUUUUCCCAAAGUGUUCGAUUUCCUCAUCGCUCUGAAUCUGCAGGGCUUUCCAUUUUGUUUUCCUUUUACUUGUUCGGACAAUAUAUCACCGACAAUGUUUACGCGGAUUUUCGGAAAGCCAAAGCAAGAGACUAAUGCUCUUGCAACGCUGGACAAGUUGAACGAGACUCUGGAGAUGCUUGAGAAAAAAGAGAAGGUUCUCUUAAAGAAGGCUGCUUCAGAAGUUGAAAGGGCCAAGGAGUUCACUAGAGCUAAAAAUAAAAGAGCUGCAAUACAAUGUUUAAAGAGGAAAAGGCUUUAUGAACAACAAAUUGAACAGCUUGGGAAUUUUCAGUUGCGCAUUCACGACCAGAUGAUAAUGCUUGAAGGGGCAAAAGCCACAACAGAAACUGUUGAUGCUUUGAGAACUGGAGCAGCUGCAAUGAAAGCUAUGCAGAAGGCAACUAAUAUUGAUGAUGUGGACAAGACAAUGGACGAAAUCAACGAACAGACUGAGAACAUGAAACAGAUUCAAGAAGCACUGUCUGCACCCAUUGGUGCUUCAGCUGAUUUCGACGAGGCAUGUUAUAUAGAUGAAUUGGAGGCGGAGCUUGAAGAACUAGAAGGAGCUGAGCUGGAAGAACAGCUUUUGCAACCUGCAACAACAGCUCCUGCUGCCCCUGUUCGGGUGCCUGCAGGAAGGCAGAGUUUAAAGAAGGUUGAGGACGAGGAUGAUGAGCUUGCGGAGUUGCAGAGGGAGAUGGCCCUUUAAGGAGAUUUAUAUAAUCCAGAAUCUGAAGAAUUUGUAAAACAUUGAAUCUGCUGUAUGAUGGAAGACGACAGCUUAUCAACUGGUGCCCUCUUUUUCAACCGAAAUUCAUUGAUGUGCAUUUUCUGGAAAACAAACGUUGUAUAGAUGACAGUAAAAUAAUUUAUAUUGAACUUUUGAGCAUGAAUAUUUUCAUAUUUUGGUUUGAAUUGGGUCUGGAAUGCAUCAUUUUCAACAUACUUGAUGCUACCUGUGCAUUCUUGGGGACCCCAUCGAAAAUGACUAUUUGUGCAGACAUUGAAUUUCCUAUUUUGCGUUAAUAUAUUUACUUAACGUGUUGUUUUAACUUUAAACUCUAUUAUCUCAGUACUAAAG